CUCUCCUCGGUCAUCGACGCAACUUCAAAGCCUUGUUCAGACUUUACCAGAACUGAGCGUAUGUUUUCCCACUGACCGAUAAGGUGGGACGGAGUAGCGGUGGUCGGCAUGUGAAAGUCCCUGCAGCUCUAAGUCGAGUCCGGAGCGAAAUCUAACGAGAGUGGAUGACUUUGUAGCUAGCGACUAAUAUCUGCCAUCUCAGCAGCUCCUCUCAUUUUCAAGUGGUUCCCUCCAACUUUUUAUAUUGUUUCCUUUUCCUCCAAAGCCCUUCUGGUUUCAAGUCAUGGCUCGUGGCUGCGUUUGCUGUGUGAAAUAUAUGCUCUUUCUCUUCAACCUGCUCUUUUGGCUGGGUGGCUGUGGGCUGCUGGGUGUUGGCGUGUGGCUGUCUGUGUCCCAGGGCAGCUUCGCCACACUCUCACCUUCGUUCCCCUCGCUUUCAGCCGCCAACCUGAUCAUCACCCUGGGCACUGUGGUUAUGAUUACAGGCUUUCUUGGAUGUCUAGGGGCCAUUAAGGAAAAUAAAUGCCUGCUUCUCAGUUUUUUCAUUGUGCUUUUGAUUAUCCUAUUUGCUGAACUUGUCCUACUCAUUUUGUUCUUCGUCUACACGGAUAAGGUCAGUGAAAAUGCCAAGAAAGACCUAAAAGAAGGACUGGUUCUCUACAACACAGACAAUAAUGCUGGCCUGAGGGAUGCCUGGAAUGCCAUACAGGGAGAGUGGAGAUGCUGUGGAGUGAUGGGGCACACUGACUGGUACACUGCACUUCAAGUCAACCAAGUUCCUGAUCGUUGCUGCCAGCAUGUCUUUCCUGGCUGUGGGCGCAAUACUUCCAAUGCUUUUUGGACAAGGGGUUGCUAUGAGAAGGUGGAGGAGUGGUUAGAUGACAACAAGCACCUUUUGGGAACGAUUGCAAUGUGUGUGUUGGUCAUACAGCUCCUUGGAAUGGCAUUUUCAAUGACACUAUACCAACAGAUUCACAGAGCAGGAAAGAAGUACGAAGCUUAGAUGGAGUUUUUGUUACUUAUUAUGGUAUAAAAUAUGCAUAUUGUCAUAAAAA